GUAUCCUUGGAACUCCUACGAUGUCUUCCGCACCUGAUGAAGACCUCCUACAAAUUAUGCCCGAAGAAUGCUACUGGCUAGGAGCCACUCCGAGUCAAUUCAGCCACAGUCAGAGCAUCGAAAGCGCCACGCAGAACUACGCGGCGUUCUUGGAUUACUCCCAUCGUUUGAGUCAGGAGUGGCUGCAUCCGAUCCCGACACCUCAAGAGCUUCAAGCAGCUUUUAUCGAGCAACCGAGUCUCUUUUAUGACAGUAAUGCACUCCUCGGACACGAACAUCUGACCUACGGAGGAUAUCCCUGUCCCGCAUAUGAUCAGAAUCGUAGUCAAACCCCGAAUACUUGUCCUAUCGGCGAAGGGAGCUUGAACCAAUUAAUGGAAGCUAACGAACAGAAGCAAGCGAACGCGAAACAACAAUCGGUUGUCAAACGGAAUGAUAAAAGCUGCGUCCCGAUCGAUGAAUGUCAGGCGCAGCAGCUAGAAAAAAAGUCAUGAA